UGGAUAAUUACAUCUUAUCUCAGAUUUGUCAUCAAUCUUCGCGACAUUUCUUGGUAAUGAGAUCAAUGUGUAAACAUGUGUACUACUCAUGUACUAAUGGCACUGGAAUAAAUGCGUCAACUAAAUUAACUCCUCAAUUACUUAAUUGAUAAGGAGGCGUCUCUCAUUUGGUAAAUAUUUUCUCUUCCAGAAUUGAAUAAAUUAGCCAUUAUGAGAUUCGUGUAUAUAAAGAGGAUACUCCGAAGUACUGGACAUUAAAUCGCAAAAGAUAAAUUGAACGAGCAUACAUAUAUAGCAGAUGUAAAACAAUCCUUCAUUUUAUACGUAAACCAAGAUGGACAUUACGCAAGAAGCCUGCAGUAAUAGAAAUUCAAUGCGGUUUGAAGAAGGCAAACAAUUAAUAGGACAAAUUUUAUCCGAUUUUCCGACCAGGAAAUUCCCCAUAAUUCUGGACAUUGGUUGCGGAUCUGGAAAUCUGACCCAUGUCAUGGCCAAAUUACUCCUACACGAGACCAUCUUCGGCAUCGAUAGCGACCCGGAUAUGGUCACGGUUUGCCAAAAUAGCAACUCCACCACGGGAACAAUCAAGUACUUAUGUCAAGACAUUUCUCAGCCGUGGGACCAACUUGCCCCGGAAUUAACUCAACUCGCCGGACAAGUGGACCUAAUCGUGUCCAAUAUGACACUCCAUUGGGUCACUGAUCUUGACACGGCGUGCAAAAACAUGGAAACCCUGUUAAAACCUGGGGGCGCAUUUUAUUUUAAUAUUUUCGGGAUAAACCCCAUUUCAAUUUCACAGCAACAAUAUCUAAAGCACAAAAGCGUUGCGAAUCAAAUUUUUGAAAUGGUGGGUAUUUUACACCGAAAUGAAUUGGAGGUGGGACGAGCAGAGUUAUUUUACAAUCGCUGGCCAUAUGCUGGGAAAGAGUUUGAUGUCCUGGCCCCAAUCAUGUACAAAAUGUACUACAAUUUGAUUGAUGAAGCGGAAUUUUCAAAAUUGGAUAAAAUCGGGCAGGACGAAGUUCGACAAGAAAUUCGGAACGGAGUACAUGCCGCGUAUGCAUUCGAUGUGGAGAACGAGGCGAAAAACUAUGUCGUCGGUUCCGGAGAUUCAUUUUGUUUUUGUUAUUAUGCGUUCACAAUUCAAGGAGGAAAGAUGGUCUGAGGAAGUGAAAAAUAAAACGAGGGGAUUGCAAAUAUGUAUUUAAAUACUUUGGAUAAGCUAGAUUAAUCAAAAUAUUAAUUUGUAAGCAAUUGAGUAACUAAUAUUUAAGUGAUUUAUUUUUUGGCAUAAAGUUGCCAAAUAUUUUGGUAUAUGUAAGUUCCUACCAAUAAUUAUGGUCGAGGCAUUAUUAAUAAGAAAUACAUUAUUAAUACGAACAUUUCAACGUAUAUAAGUAAUGCAUUUAAAAAUGUCGCUUUUAUUCCUUGACCAUAGUUUUACCUAUCUAAUUUAACGAUUUUACAACUAUCAAUAAUAUGUAGGUAACCAUUCAUGACUACGCAAAAGCUGGUUGGUUUAUAGACAAUGUUGAAUAUGACGUAAUAAAUCCAUUCUUGUUAAAUUAA